CCUUUGCGUAAUCGACCAAAAUAAAGAAAAUCGAAUGUCCUACUUAAGAAUGUUGUAAUUCUUCAGGCCUAAAUUAAUUUAUUAAAAUGUUUAAAAUAUCUAUCCGGCAAAGCUCACUGGUAAAACAUGAGCUGGAAUCAGGCAAUAUUUUUUUAAAAACCAAUAUAAAAAUAGUACCAUAUAUUUAUAGAGAACACCAUUUAAGGACUAAACACUUCUCCUCAGCAGUUUCUAGUUGUGUAAAUUUAGACAAGCCUUAUUCUGUAUUUAGUAUUCACAAUAAACUAAGACCAAACCAAAUCACUUUGCUCCAACAAAAAAGACACUUUUCCUUUCAGUCUUCUGUGCAGUCACUUGCUGCCAAUCAGGCAGGAAUAUUUAAAACCCUCUCUGAAAGUACCCCCGUUGAGUACUGUCAAGACUUUUUAGUUAAUUUUCAUGCCUACACAGGACUACCAUGGUGGGCUACUAUUAUUUUAUCAACUAUUCUUAUUAGGUCAGUUGUAACAGUACCCUUAGCAAUUUACCAGCAAAGUAUAGCAGCAAGACUUGAAAAUUUAAAGCUAGAAAUGCCAGAUAUUGCAAAUGAGCUUAAAAAAGAAAUUGGGAUUGCUGUAAGACUGUAUAAUUGGGACGAAAGGACUGCUCGAAUUAACUACAACAGAUCAAUUAGGAAACAAUGGAACCACUUAGUAGUGCGAGAUAAUUGUCAUCCUCUAAAAACUACCGUGUUGUUAUGGGUUCAACUUCCCUUAUGGCUAUGUUUAUCUAUUAGUUAUCGAAAUCUGGUAUAUAUGCUACCGCACAGAGACCUAAAUGCCCAACUUACGUUCGCCGAAUUAAUGGGUGGAGGUUUUGCUUUUAUACCAAAUCUAACCAUACCAGAUGCUUCUUGGAUAUUCCCAAUCGGCUUGGGACUUUUAAAUUUGGUAAUUAUUGAGCUGCAACUGCUAUCAAGAAAUCCUGAUAUCAAACCCAGCAGAGUCCAGAAAAUAUUUACCAAUGUUUUUCGGGUUUUGAGUGUUUGUCUUGUGCCUAUUGCUGCAUCAGUACCUUCGUGCUUAGUGUUAUAUUGGACAACAUCCAGUGCUUUUGGAAUGUGCCAAAAUCUAAUUUUAUUGUCUCCCAAAGUAAAAAGACUGUUUGGAAUACCUAAAACUGCAGUUGAAGUUAAAGAACCUUACAAAAUGAUUGUUACAAAUUUUAAAUCUAAGUUAAAGAUGUGAGAGUUUAUAUGGAAUAAAAUUCUUUAAUAUAGAA